ACGCCAUCAGUCACGGUACGGCAGCGAAUCGGUUCAGUUCGGUGUCCAGCUUGAUUUGCUGUUCGUUUGUUGGGCUUUAAGUUUUCCUUUCGACAAGUUUCGACAAGGUUCGCACGAGCAUAAGUGUCACAUACAGCAACUCCCGAGGUGGUGCGGGGAACCGUUGCCGAAAAUGUCAAGUGCGUACUAAACACACCCGAGAUCGCCAACGGGGGUCUCGCAAUUAAUGCGUCGUGAAACCGUGACGGACCGAUGGCGUGUGUGUCGUUUGUUGAGCUGGUGACGUGCCGUUGUUUAUGUCGCCGAACCUCCAGAACGCUACGUCAAACCAAUUAGUGCGGACGAGCGGCGAGAACAUCAAUUGAACUAAAUCUGAUUCCCGCACUUGAGUGUCUGUGCGUUCAAGUGUGCCCCGGCGAUAUCGCAGCCGAUUCCGAUCCAACCCCGAAAACGGUGGUGUGAUUUUGCACGAUCGAUCAGUUUUAAAGUGUUGCUUAAAGGUGGCUGAAAUCGUGGUUGUGUGCUUGUGGUCUGUUACCGGGGCAAUCGUUUUGGGGAAUCGUUGUGGAAAAGCUUUGUGGAGUUUGCGGCUGUGAGACGAUGGAGAAGGAACCGGUGCCGGAAGGUGUGGAAUUGCUGCCAGUGAAAUUGGAUGGAAGUCAAAUUACACCCAGCGUUUAUGACCCACACAAGUACAGAGAUGUGCCGAAUCCAACCUCCACCUUGGGCACGUUCGUGCACGUCAUGAAGUCGGCCCUCGGCAUCGGAAUCCUUUCGGUGCCGUACGCGUUCAAAAACGGUGGCCUCGUGUUUGGCGUGUUCGGUGCGUUCUUCUUCGCGAUGCUCUGCUCCCACAGUGCGCACAUAUUGGUCAGCACGUCGUACAAGAUAUGCAAGAAGGAACGCAUACCGGUGCUUGGAUUUGCCGAAACGGUGGAAAAAGCUUGCGCCCAAGGUUCGGCCACCGUCCGGACGCUCGGCACAGCGCUACGGAACAUCAUCGAUUGGUAUCUGAUGCUGACAACGGUCGUUGUGUUCAUCGUGUUUGUCGGCACGACACUUCGCGAGGUGGUCAACUACCGGACCGGAUGGGACUGGACCGAACGUACCUACAUACUGCUGGUCGGUGUACCGAUCCUGUUCAUCACGCAGAUCCGCGAGAUCAAGUAUCUGGUCCCGUUUUCGGCCAUUGCCGGGUUUCUUAUCCUCGCCAAUAUCGUCAUUUCGCUGAUCUUUAUCUUUCAAGAGCCACUCACGCUGGAAAACCGACGCAUGUUGCCGACCGCAUCGACGGUCGCACCAUACAUGGGCAUCGUGUACUUCGCGCUGGACGCAACGUGUCUCAUCUUUCCGCUGGAAAAUCAGAUGCGUCACCCGCAGCACUACCUCGGCUGUCCCGGCAUCGUCAACCUCAACUACAUCUGUCUGGCCGUCCUGUACAGCUUCUUCGGCGCCGUUGGCUACAUCCGGUACGGUGAUGACGUCGAAAGCUCCAUCAUACUCAACUUCCCCACCGAAAACGUGCUGGUUUCCUGCAUCCAAGUGCUGUCCGCCGUUGCGGUACUCUUUUCCAUUGGGCUGAUUUUUUACGUGCCGACCGAGAUUGCGUGGAAGAAAUUGCACACCAAAGUACCGAAACAGUGGACCGGGCUCGCACAGAGCGGGCUACGAUUGGCCAUGCUGCUGGUAAACAUUGCGGCCGCCUGUGGCAUCCCGCAUCUCGGCACAUUUAUGGGACUGCUCGGUGCAGUGCUGAACCCGAUCCUGGCCCUCUGGAUACCGCUAAUCGUCGAUACCGUGUAUCGGUGGCCAAACGAUUUCGGCCACUUACGAUGGCGACUCGCAAAAAAUGUAACGCUCGCCUGUUUCGGCCUAUUUCUGCUCGUGACCGGUACGAUUUCCAGCGUACGGAACAUUAUUGAACUGUACCAGUGACAGUGGAGCAGUGCAGGAAAAUCAGAUAAGUUGGACGAAUACUUACACAGCACCGUAACUUCGAUGUCGACGUGAACGGCUUCCCGGACGCCAUUGUCGGCGGUACACUGGUACACGCCGGCAUGAUGCCGAUCGACGCGUUCCAGCAGGAGUGUUGGGCUUUCGGAGAGAUGUGACGAUCCGCUGAAUGCAUCCUGUUGAAGCAAUGGAGCAGAGUAAUAAAAUCUCAUUACAUCAUUUUGUAGAAAAAA